GCGCUGGAUACAGCAGCCAGUAUGGCGGACAGCGAAAGUGAUUUGGAAACAGACAGGCUUGAAUCAGCCCUGGACACAUUAUGUAGUAGACACUGCUGCGAUGAGUCGUCUCUCAAGAGCAAAGACUAUUGCUCUGAGUUUUGUGAGCUGGUUGAGGAGUACACAGGGCAAUGGCAAGUUCCUCUCCCCCAGCUCAAGGUGCUGCGGACAGCACUCUGCAGUUUCACCAAAGCCACUGCUGCCUUCCCUGAUGACUGUCAGCACAUCCACUAUGUUCUCAGUAGUUUGGCCUUGAGCUUCUUUGAACUGAUGCUGUUUUUCAGCAAAGAAGAAUUUGUGGAAGAACCUUUAAAAGACAUCCUUGAUUCUUUUCAGAAGUGUCACUCUCAGCUCCUGAGGCACAGGAAUGGCUACCUUCUGCAUGUGAGGCAGAUCAUCAAAGCAGGAGGCCCAUGGGAGAAUCCAGUACUGCAAGGAAUCCUGAAGGAGGCAGAUUUGCCACCAAAGGAAGUUGAGGAGUACUUGAGCUUGGAGUUGCCAGUAUUCUUGGAGCUGCGGGUUCGUUAUCUGCAGGCUUGUGAACGCAUGAAGGAGGCUAUGGCCCUGGCUAAAAGCUGCCUGGAAAAUCCAGAUGCUGGAAAGCACCUGUACUUCCAUCAGGCUUACCUGACCUGCCUCUACAAGGCCUCACUGCAUGAACAUCUUCACAAGGAGAUGGCAGAGAUAGAUGGCCGUGAUGCAGUGGAGAUCAUCUGCAACACAGAGAGUGUUGAAAAAGAUGAGCUCCUGUUGUCGCUGUGUAAAGCUUUCCUUACCCAGCAUCUACACAAUGGAGACAUGUAUUACAUCUGGGACCUGGUGUUCAUCUGGAGUAGGUUGCAUCUUAGAGCCCAUCCCUCCAGACAAGGCUUCCUGGCUGAGUGCUUAGAGCUGGCCUCCUCUGCUACCAAUGUCAGAGCCAUCUUCCCCUUCAUCAAACUGGUCACUACAGAGGUGGGUGGAGAAGGAAUCCAGGUAUGUGUGGAGCUUUGUGCCAGGGCCUUGCAGCUGUGUGACUUGCAGGCUGACUCUGUAACCCGGUCAUUGGUCUGCAAGACCAUCGCCUUCCUCCUGCCUCAUGACCUGGAGAUCUGUCGAGCAUGUGCCCUACUGGUCUUCUGCCAGGAACGCAGCGUGGAGGCUUACCGAACAGUCUGCCUGCUUUACAUGCAUCCUGACCAGGAGCCGCAUCCCCACAACAACCCCGUCCGGACCAAUGUCCGCUUCCAUAUUCUGCAGAUGCUGAAGGAGCGCCUGUGCUUUGACCCCGAGUUUUGGAACUUCCUAACCCUCAGGACUCAUUGCUUGGAGUUGAUAAGUGACAAGGUUAUGAAGGCUGCUGUUCUAAAUGAGAUGAAGGAAGAAGAGAGGGAAUAUAAUGAGGAGCUGUUAACAAAUAAUUGUUUAAGUGACUCAUGCAGUCAAGGUAUAAAUUUGUGCCAGUGCACUGAAGCUACAUUUGUGAACCAAGACCUUCCAGAAGAGCAGAUUAUAGAUGGAGAGGCAGGGAAGUGUGUUUCUCAAUCAAAUAAUGCUCUGUUGAAGAGGAGAAAAUGGAGGAGAAGGCUGCGAAGGAGAAAACACACUGCUUCUGACGAUGAGGCAGACGCUGGUGAUGAUCCAGAGAUAAAAUACAAUCUCAAAUCCACCUCUGCAGGUAAUAAACCCAUGUAUUCACUAAGACGCAAUCACACUAACAUGGAAAAUUCUGCCUCUGCAAAGCUCCCUCUAAACCGCAAGAGAGAGUAUUUGUCUAGAUGUGUUAAGAGCCAGAUUUUGAAAAGGAAAGGUUGCAAGAAAAGAUGGUUGCAGGGUCUUCCAAGGCUGGAGCAGGUUCAGACAGUUAAAGAGAAGAAGGUCAAAGUUAAAGGGAAGAAACGGGGAAGGAAACCUUUACUAAAACUGGAACUCUCCUACCCUGAUAAUGAAAUGUUCUUUACUGAGGAUGAAUCUGGUUUUGAGGAGAAAACUGGCACAGAAGACAAUGAGCAGGAGAUGCCUUAUCUGGAGAAUGAACUUGAACAAAAGACUGAACAGAAAGAGAAUCAAAUUGAGCAAAUGAGUGACCUUGAGAAGGAAAAUGGACUUGGGGAACAUACUGACUUGGUCUGUGUUAAUAGACUUGGUGAACAAACCCAGGAGGAAUCUCAAACACAGCUUGGUUCCAAGGUUAGUGAAGGUUCUCCUGGAGAGCCCCAGGCUGCUGUUGCUGCUGUCGAAGGAGAUCCUGAGCUUGAUGGACCACCCUUAGAGUUACUGGAUUGUCCAAUAGAACUGUUACACAGUUACUCCCUUAAAUCCAAAAAGCCUGACAGUGAGAAACUGCAACCUCACGAAUCCUCAGCACCAGAUGAACUUAAUGGUGACAUAGAACAGGAGCCCCAACCCACAGAGGAAACAGAAGUCUCAAAUGCUGAGGUGAAAACCAAGAGAACAUGGAAGGACAGAGUACUCCGUACCCAACAAUAUGCCCAUUUGAUGCACCACUGCAACAUUUGCCGCAAAGACUAUAAAGGCUUGAAUGUUAUGAGGCACGCUCUCUCACACCUUAAGAGCAGAAAACUUAGAUGUAUACUCUGUGGAAAACGCUUUAAACAGCUUCCUUUUGCCAAAAAGCAUGUUCUGGACCACAUUGAUGAAAUGUGCAAGCAAAAACCCCCUGAAAAAGAGCAAUCCACUGAAGACACUCCAGCUGCUAAUGGAAUAACAGAUAAUGUGGAAAACCAGAAUCAGCCUCAGGAUGAAAAUCAGACUUCCAUUUCUGAUGAGGAAACUCCUAAACAGAAAUCUGGGGGCAAAACUAAAGUUGCCAGCCUCAGCAGGGAAGUUCGAAUAAUCAGAAACCUCCGCACCCUCAUCAAAAAGACAUCUGUGCUUCACAAAAAGUGCAAGAACCCGAAUUCAAAUAUUUUCAAGCAGGUAGAUUUCAAGGAUGAGCAGGUAGUUAUUAAAGAUGACCUGGUGAUUGUAAGAGAUCCCUCUGUGAUGGAAAACGAGGGGGAGGGGGAAGGAGAAGGGAAGGAGAACCCAGUCGGAGAAAAUGGCUAUGGCCUGGACAUCACAUAUCACUUGUGCCCUUCAGAGUCCUGUGAUAGAGUAUUCUUGAGGAUCAGCACCACACUAACAAAGCAUGCUAUCAAAUGCCAUAUUAAUGAAGAGAAGGUGCUGGAGAAGACUUUCAUUUGGACUAAGCACAAGUGUACACUCUGCCUCAGGCAGCUACAGUUUCUCCAGCAUUAUAAAGACCACAUGAAGCUCCACAAUACUCCUCUCCCACACUUCUGCUACCAUCUGGAGUGUAACCAGCGUUUCUUGACGCAGCAGGAACUGAAAGACCAUGUCAACACUCACAAGCCCCUCAGACCCCAGUGUCCCUUCGCAGACUGUGAAAAGCUCUUCUCAAGCCUUCAGGGCCUCUAUGACCAUGAAUGGAGACACUACAUCCCUGCACCUCAAAGAGAGGAGCUCGAGUUGGGACCCAGCAAACAGAAAAACCAAAAUGCUGAAGCUCCUUGGAAGCAACGAGUGAAGGUUGAGGAGAUAUGGUUGCAGAGUAAAAAAGGGCAGAGGGAGAGUCCAACCCCUGAUCAUGUUGAAGCCUCUAAUCAGGAGAUGAUCAAAACUGAUGAGCAGGAUUGUGUAGCAAGUGUUCCAAACAGUGGUGAAGACCUAGGUAAAUCAGAAAAUUAUUCAGAAAAACCAGUCAGUUCCGAGCCCAUGGAUGACAGCAAAACCACCAUCAAUGGAUAUCAAGAUGUGACACGAAAUGUGACCAACGGGUCAAACUCCACUUCCCAUACAAGUGCUGCUGCAACCACUCCAAGUAAGAAGUGCCGGAAAAGGACACCAGUUGAAUGGGACCCUUUGAAUGUCAGAGACCUUGAGGAUUUGUCUACCUUGGCUGAGGGAGUCCAACGGAAACUUGGAGAGCCACACAUCACUGAGCACAAAACCUUCAAACCUGAAGAUCCCUCCUACGCUACUUUUGUCAAAGCCCCCUUCAUCCGGCCGCCACCUUCCACCUAUCUUGAUGAAUCUCUGCUCUCUAUGCGCAAGAGGAGAUCCAUUGACGAGGCCGCUCAGAAGAAAAAUGUCCACUGGAGCAAUAAGAAAAAGAAAGAGCCUGCCCCAGAGCAGGAGCAGAAAGUGGAUGAGGUGGCCCCUGUGCAGAAGGUCAGACAUCGCUGCGACAAAUGUCUGACCUCUUUCAGCAGCUUAGAAGAGUUACAGAGACACCAAGCCCUUAACACCUGCUCCUCACUCUUUGGCUUUGAUUCUGAUGAUGAAAGUUAGUACUGCAUGAAGAGGAGGUACAGCUGGAUUGACCAUUAUAGUCUGUCACUUGGCUCAGGGCAAGCCUUGAAGAUGAAUGAAACACUGGAACCCAUUCUCAAUACUCAGAUAUAGUACAUAUUUGAUUAUUGGAUACCAGUUUGUUAACAAAGGCAGGUUAUGUGCCAAAAUUGUUAAUUGGAGGAUUUUAGUAAAAACUUUUGAAGCAAUAAUUUUGACAGCUAAAGCUAGUUUUGAACACAUUGUUUUUCUUCAAAAUAUCAGUGAGCACUUUAUCAAAUAAGUAAAAAAAAAAAAAAAAUCAGUGGUAAGUCUGUUAAUUCUUGUAAUCUGUGAUAAGUCAGUAUUGCUCCUAAAAAUGAACAAAAGCAUAUCUGAACAUAACUCUGAACCGUGCCUGGGAACUGAGAAACCAAAUAUGACCCAGGAUAACCUCCCUAGAAUAAAACACUCAAUAGCUAUUCAUGUACAAAGUACAUGCAGCCAUAAAAAAACAACACAAAUCCCAGUAUUCCAUUUUUAGAUCACCAGAAUGCUAGCAUUGUAAUGACAAAUCUUUGCUGGACUUAACAUAUUGUGGUAAAGUUCUAGCGCCACAUGAUAUGUUAUGGUCAGUGAAGGUUUAUGAACCUUAUAGGAAAAUAGAUUGCGCAAUGUAUUUGCAUUUCUAAAUCAUUAUUACUGACACAACUAUACACAGUUUCAACUUGAGUUUCAAGCUCACUCCACUGCAAGUACUGACAGAUUUAAUCCAGUCAUUCAUUUUUCCUGAGUCGGUAGAAGGAGGCAAAGCUGGAUGUAUGAAUAGAUGAAAUGCUUUUGCCUUUUCUAGCAUACUCUGGCAUGCUUAGAGGUCAGUAAUCUAUCACAAUAUACCAUCAAAUAUGUCUGCCUGGUCUAUUUCUAAGGUACUACUACAUGCCAUAGCACGAUAAACACUCAGCCACAAAUCUUUCAGUUACUUGACAAAUAAACUGCAAAAUGCUUUAUUGGGUUUAGUAUGCAUCGUAAUGCAAGUCGGACAUGUCAUCAGUCAGGGCCAUUGAAAGCAAUGGAGAAAUGCCCCUUAAUGCUUUUAGCAAACUGCAUCCCCUUUAGAAUUUGUUCAUUUCUGGUUUUCAGUUUAACCUGUUAACACUAUAAGGAAUAUGUCCAUUUAGGUCAUAUAAUAUUGUGAAAAGUCCUGGUAAUUGAUGGAAAGUUGAGCUCUGUGCAUGUUGCUCUUUCUGUUUAAAAUGUAUAGUCUUCCAAAUUAAUCAUGCACCACUCUGACCUUUGUAGGGAGGAUAUAUAAUCAAGGUCCCUCAGACAUGUGGUGGUUAUUUUCUCUCAACAACAUCUUUGUUGUAAAAAUUAAUUCUGAAUAAAUCCUCCAAACCCUUGUUACAUACAACAACUUUUAAAACAAUAAGAGGAGGUAUUUUAAGCUUAAUGUGUAGGCUGCUGUUUUUUUUUUUUUGUUUGUUUUUUUUCUUUGGUAGUGAGGCAGGAUUGGGUUUGCCUUUGUUAGUAAGUCUUCUGGUCAUGGUCUGACAACAUGAAUCACUUGACUCAUUAAAGCCGUGACCAAAGUAUCUGUAACCAUGUAAAUCUGCCUUCAUACUGUCACACUAAUUCUCUGUACAGCAUAUGAAUUAUUCACAAUUUUACUGGUGCCAAGACUGAAUCAGUGUUAGACUGUAGGUAAACAUUAAUAACAGUAAUUCAGUACCAGUUUGCUUUGGUUUUCAAAGUUUUUUGUUACUCAGUUAAACUCAAUGAUCAUGUAUUUCACUAUGUAGAGUAUUUUACAUUGGUCCUUUGUUAUGUAUAUACUUUUGAGAUGGUUGAUCUGUUUGAUAACUUUUUAAUGUAAUGUUUUUAUGGGAUUGUGCACUUAAACUGGCUUAUUUAUAUGUACAAAGGUUAAUAGAUUGGAUUUGUAAAGGUAAUGAUUCCUCAUCUAUUUUUCUUAAAGAAAAGGUGAUUAAAUUUGUUUGAAUAAACAAAUUAUGAAUCUAAAA